AUGGGAAAUCUCGUCAUUUUAUCAAAGUUCAAGAAGCCCAACCUUCCUCUGAUGUGGAAUGGGCUUUUCACUUUUGUCUUCAAAAUCUUCUUAAAAGGGUGUUUUGGAGUUCAUCUUUCUUCCGAAACAAGGGGAGAAGUCAAGAAACCAUUUGGUGGUUCUGGUGAGCAUGAACAGAAACCGAAUCCAAAUGAUACGAAGGGUAAUGAAGCUUCAGGAUCGAAAGGCACAGGAAAGUUGAUCGAUGGUGAUGAAGAAGAAGAAGAGGAUGAAGGGGAAAAGCUCAAUCGAAAGUAUCGUGAUAAAGAGCUUGAUGAAAAUCUGCCAAUUGAAAAAGAAGCGGAUGCUCGUGAAAAAGAGCUUCGUGAUGCACAAGUAACACUGGAAACCCAAAAGUAUCUUUUCCCUCCUUGGACUAUGGAGCGAAUUAUGAAUGAAGAUAUCGACAAUCCAAGUGCUUACUGGUUGGAGCCAGUUGUUUCGUUUGAUUUGGAGAACACUUUGGAUUCGUAG